AUGAUUAUUACUGAAAUCAAUUCAAAAGAACCUAUUAUAGACAUUGAUUAACAUCAAUAAUAAUUUGAAGAUAGAGAAAAUAAAGUAAGCUAAUCUAUUAAGUAGAGUCCAAAUGAAUUUAUUGUUAUAGAAGUAGAAAAACAAUAAGAAUAAUCAGAAUUGUAAGAGAUCUAUGAAGAAUAAUUAGACAAAUAAUAAUUAAAGUAAAAAGAAAUGGAAAGAUUAGAAAGAAUCAAAAAGUACAUACUUCAAGAUCAUUAGAAUACCAAUCACUUUGAAAAGAUAGCUAUCUACUAUCAAUGAAUUAUCAGACCAAUCCAUUAAUAAUAGUUGUUCUCCUUAAAUUGAUGUAGAUCAUCCUCAUUAUAAAAAAGUUAAUAAAGAUGUAUCAAUCAAUUCAGCUAAGUAGUUUUUAUUCCAAAUACAAGAAGAAAAUAAAUAAACAGAACCGAUUUAGUAAAAAUAAUAAAAAAAGAGGUUUAAAAAGAAAAAGAAGAAAAAGCAAAUAUCUCGUUAAUUAACUCAAUCAUCUCUACCUAUUCCUGAAAUUAAAUAUUAAUAAAAUAUGAAUUUCAAAUUUUAUUUUAGAGAUUAAAGAAUAGAUUGUAGUUGGAAAUUAUUGUUUACUUAUAUUACUAUUAUAAUUUUAAGUAAUAUCGUACUUUAAACUAUUGAAAUAAUAAGGUAUUCUUAAAGUGUGUGUAAAUUAGAAGGCAUAGAAAAUUUAUUUAUUUAUGCUAAUCAAUUAUUCUAUAUCUUAGGUAAAAUUGGAUUAUUGAGUUUAAAUUACUAAGAAUUUACAAAUACAUUACCUACUAAAUCAAAAAUCCCUCUGUUUAAUUUAGUAAUCUUUGGCUCAGUUUUUGUAGUAUUAUCAAUGCCUUUAUAUGUUUUUGAUUUUGUACUCUGUUAACCAAGAAAUAAAUUGAUAACUCUUUAAGAGAGUCUACAAAUUUUAAACUUUUUUGAUUGGGGAAUGAUUUCGGUUUUUGCCAUUAUUAUAAUAAUGCAUUCUUGUCUUAAAAUUUAAAUGAAAAAGAAAACAUGGAAAACUUUGAAGUAAAUCAUUCCAAAAUUAAUAGAAAAUUUCUUAAAGUCAUUUAUUAUCUAUUAUUAAUCCUUGUACAUUUAUUACAAGUAUUAGUUACUGUAACCUAAACUUUUCAAUCCUAUUUGCCUGCUAUGAUCAUGGAAAAUUUUUAUCAUUGCUUUUCUAUUUUGGCUAUGAUCUAUUUAUCUAUUAAAAAGUUUUGUUUUCAUCUAGAACCUUUUUAAUUUACACAUCAAUAAUUAUCUAAUCAACCUGUGAUAUUGAUUUCAGAUGAAAAGAUAAGUAAUUGGGAAUAAGAAGAUAAAUUCUAUGAAAAUGAUUCUAUCAAAUCAAGUAAAAGAGGUAAACUUAGUCCUCCUACAAGUUAAUUCAAUAGUCUUCAAAUUACAUAAAUCAAUUUUCUAGGUAAAAAAGACUGA